GUUUGGUUUCGUUCGUUAUUGUCAUUCGUUUCGUGUUGUUUGUGUAGUAUAAGUUAUCAUCUUGAAUUGAGAAUGAGUAUUGAGAAUUGAGAAUCACAAAAAAAGUGAGCACUGAGCAAUAGUCCAACUCCAAUUGCGUGUAUAUACUCAAUGUCAAUACAAGGGUCACUAUAAGUUAUAUGAACUUUGAUUUUAACUUCUUGAGUGUAACAUAGGCCUAAUAAAUCCUUAACUAAUGUGUUAGAGCCCGUACCCAAUUUAAAGGUACCAGCCAUAUUAAGUUAUAGGUCAACAAACUAAGUCAACCAAAAUGAAUUCUAAACCAAAAACUAAAGUCUUUCUUACUGGAGCUUCUGGGUUGCUUGGCAGAGCAAUAAAAGCAAGAUUUGAGCAAGAAGGCUGGGUUGUAUAUGGAGUUGCUCUAACUAGGUUGAGUGAAACAGUUCACAAGUUGGAUCUGAUGAGUCAAGCAGAUGUAGAGAAGGCUAUUACAGAGAGUAAACCAGAUGUAGUGAUUCAUGCUGCUGCUCAGCGGUUCCCAGACAAGGUAGAUGCUGACCCUGAGGCAGCUAGACAGCUCAAUGUUCAGGCUACUUCACAUGUCGUUCAGGCUGCAGCUAAACAUAAUAUUCCUGUUAUAUACAUCAGUACAGACUAUGUUUUUGAUGGAAACAAAAACGCACCAUACAAAAUAAGUGACAUUCCAAACCCUCUCAAUUUAUAUGGAGAAACAAAACUUGAGGGAGAAAAAGUGACACUCAGGCAGGAAGGGAAUAUUGUACUUCGAGUGCCAGUCCUGUACGGACCAGUCGAGUCACUGAAGGAGUCAGCAGUCACUUGCUUGCUUGAGCCUCUGCUCAACAAUGGCACUAUUGUUAAAGUUUCCAACGUAGAGCGCCGUUGUCCUUCACAUGUAGACGACAUUGCACUUAUCUGCUUUCAACUAGCGACUGCACGACUUAAGGACCAAUCUGUAGCGGGAGUUUUUAUGUGGUGCGGCAAAGAAAAAAUGACCAAACAUCAAAUGGUUUUGGGCAUCGCAAAAAUAUUUGAAAUCUCUUGUAAGCACAUCCAACCAGACGAGACGUCAGGGUCAAACACAAAACGGCCCUUGGACACCGAACUCUCCCGUUCUAGACUGGAGGAACUGGGGUUUGGACAACACACCCCCUUCAACACAGGAAUAGCUGCUGUGUUGAGUCCGUGGGUAAAUUCCAAGCACAACUAGUUGAAAUGAAAAUAGUUGUCAAUAUUUUACCUAUGGUAAGCAAUUACGGUGCAAUAUUCAUCUUGUUGAAGAUAUUUUAUAUUUUGAUACUUGUUUAUACAAUGUUAUGUAAAGGCCUUUAUUCUAUUGAAAAUACUUUAAAAAAUAAAUAAAUAAUUAA